GAAGCCAAGCUCCGCUGUGGGCGGAGAUACACCGGGUGAGGGCUUGCAGACCUCCAGUGGGGCGAAGGACCCAGGUCCUCGUCCCCAGAGUUACAGGUUGGAACAAACUUGCCUGGCUUUGCGUCGCAGACGCGUCCAAGUUAACCCCAGUACCUUGAUGUGCUGGCACGAAAGGGUGAGGAGCGGUAUACAUAGCCCUAUAUACACAUUGAACGCUGAGAGAGAAAAGGAGGGGGCGAGGAAAGGCAGGUUCCGCCUCCCCUGGCCCGCGUGCACACACACGCCCACCGCGGCUCGGGCUGGCGGAGCGCGGGCGAGUGUGAGCGCGGGCGAGUGUGAGCGCGAGUGUGCGCACGCCGCAGGAGCCACUCUGCCCUCUCCUCGCACCCUGCUCAGGGCAUCUUGAGAGCCUGGAAACGUGAACAGGCAUAAAGUAUGGCAUGUUGCAAAGAUGGUUUCUGCCAAGAAGGUACCCGCGAUCGUGCUGUCCUCCGGGUUCAGUUUCGCCCUCCUGCACUUCCUGUGCCUGGCGGCUUGUUUAAACGAAUCCCCAGGACAGAACCAAAAGGAGGAGAAAUUGUGCCCGGAAAAUUUUACCCGCAUCCUGGACAGUUUGCUCGAUGGUUAUGACAACAGGCUACGUCCUGGAUUUGGGGGUCCUGUUACAGAAGUGAAAACUGACAUAUAUGUCACCAGCUUUGGACCUGUUUCUGAUGUUGAAAUGGAGUACACAAUGGAUGUGUUCUUCAGGCAGACAUGGAUUGACAAAAGACUAAAGUAUGAUGGUCCCAUUGAAAUUCUGAGGUUGAACAAUAUGAUGGUAACAAAAGUAUGGACCCCUGAUACUUUCUUCAGGAAUGGAAAGAAAUCUGUCUCACAUAAUAUGACAGCUCCAAAUAAGCUUUUUAGAAUUAUGAGAAAUGGCACUAUUUUAUAUACAAUGAGACUCACCAUAAGUGCAGAGUGCCCCAUGAGAUUGGUGGAUUUUCCCAUGGAUGGCCAUGCUUGCCCACUAAAAUUCGGGAGUUAUGCAUAUCCAAAGAGUGAGAUGAUCUACACAUGGACAAAGGGUCCUGAGAAAUCAGUGGAAGUGCCAAAGGAGUCUUCCAGCUUAGUUCAGUAUGACCUGAUUGGGCAAACUGUAUCAAGUGAGACUAUCAAAUCCAUUACAGGUGAAUACAUUGUCAUGACAGUUUACUUCCACCUAAGACGGAAGAUGGGAUAUUUUAUGAUUCAGACUUACAUUCCAUGCAUAAUGACAGUGAUUCUUUCUCAAGUUUCGUUCUGGAUAAAUAAGGAAUCAGUUCCAGCGAGGACUGUAUUUGGAAUAACCACGGUCCUCACUAUGACCACACUAAGCAUCAGUGCAAGGCAUUCUUUGCCCAAAGUGUCCUAUGCUACUGCCAUGGAUUGGUUCAUAGCUGUCUGCUUUGCUUUUGUAUUUUCGGCCCUUAUUGAGUUUGCUGCUGUCAAUUAUUUCACCAAUAUUCAAAUGCAGAAAGCCAAAAAGAAGACAUCUAAACCUCUUGCAGAAAUUCCACCUGCUCCAGUACCAAGAGAAAAGCAUCCUGAAGUACCUCUGCAGAAUACAAAUGCCAGUUUGAACAUGAGAAAAAGAACAAAUGCCUUGGUCCACUCGGAAUCUGAUGUUGGCAACAGGACUGAGGUGGGAAACCAUCCUAGCAAAUCUGCCCCAGGUGUUCAAGAAUCCUCUGAAGCCACAUCUAAGUCGUACUUAGCUUCCAGUCCAAACCCAUUCAGCCGGGCAAAUGCAGCCGAAACAAUAUCUGCUGCCAGAGCGCUUCCAUCCGGUCCUUCUUCUACUCCUAGUCGAACUGGGUGUGUGUUGAGACAAACUUCAGUUGGAUCUGCUUCUACUCGUCGAGUAUUUGGGUCAAGACUGGAGCGGAUUAAGCCUACAGUUAACACCACAGGGGCUUCUGGGAAGUCGUCUGCCUCUCCUCCUCCUCCUGCUCCUCCACCUUCUGGAUCUGGCACAAGUAAAAUAGACAAAUAUGCCCGUAUUCUCUUUCCAGUCACAUUUGGGGCAUUUAACAUGGUCUAUUGGGUUGUCUAUUUAUCUAAAGACACUAUGGAGAAAUCAGAAAGUCUAAUGUAAUUUUGUUGCUAUAGUAGUUUCCUAAAAGAUGAUGAAUAUGCAGACUAUCUUUUUAAAUGUUUUUAAAGAUAAUUAUUCUUUACUAAAAUAAAAAUUCUACAUAAUUUUUCCAUUUAAAAAUAUACAAGCCAGUUAUUGGGAGAGUUAAUUAAUUCCUCAGUGAAGAGGAAGUGAACCAUUUUUCUUUUCAGAAAGAGGGUUUUAAAAGGAUCUAUUCAGCAUUCAAAUUAGAUGGAAUACAGACCAUCCUGGAAAGUUGGAACAAGAGAAAUAGGGCUGUUAGAGAUAUGUGGUGCAUAUUUUUGCAUUGAAAUUUGAAAACAGACUAUGACACUUUUAAUACCCAAUGAAUAUCAACCAGCCACCCUAAAUUUCCCAGCGGCACUGCCCUUAAUCAGAAUUGUUUAUUUGAUGUCAUAUGCAGUGACCUUUGGAGAUUCUCUUAGAACCUGCAAGAAAAGGAUUUUCCCUGUUAAACGAAACAUCGGUGAAAGGAAAAUGGAAGAAAACAAACACUGAUCAAUAGUGUGAAUCCUCUGUGGAGUCAAAAACAAAGACGUAGACAAGGGAAAAUGUGUUUCCUUUCAUGUGUUGGCCAAAUAGUACUUAAUGGUUGACUUGAAAUUUUGUGCUUUGAGCCAAAGUUUAACUCCUUGUAUGAAUUAUUUUUCACAGUAGCUCAUUCAGGUAUGUACUGUAUUUACUCACUGCAUACUUAUUCAGAGCCUAAAGCCUCUUGUGUUCCAGGCACACUCCUAGACACUGUCUCCUAGGAAAGCUCUGUCUCAGUUACCUACAAUAUUACUAAAGUAGUAGAACAGUCAAUGCAUGCUGAAGAACUAUAGCCUAGCAGAGGAUUUUUGCAUUCUUUAAUGAAGGAAAUUUAGUUAGAGUCUAACAUCAUAUCCAAAAUAUUAUUUCUCCUACAUUGAUAGAGGAUAACAGGUAUAUUUGUUCACAUAGCCACUUUGAGAUAAGUAAAUGUUAGUAAAAUUUCAGCAAGUGGUUUGCAAAAUAUAAUGAAAAUGUGGUACAGAUUGCUCGUAAGUGACAAAAACACCAUGUAUCUGAAAAUAAAAAUCUGGGCACUGUAAGACCUAAUAGGUUACCCGUCUCAAAUUUGAUUAAGGGUCACCAAAUUUGAUCAGAAUUACAGAAUAUUCAGAAAUAAGAACUCUAAGCCUUUUUAGAUUCUUUUCCCAACAUGGAUCUAUAUUAGCUGCUGAAAUGCUAACCUUUGGACAUUUUUGUGUCCACAGUUCUGUAUUUUGAGCUAGAUUUUGUGUUUGUUUUCCGGGAGUUUUGGUAAGGUUUCAUAACGAAGGUGAGUAAUUUACAAGGAAAGCUGCGAAGGAAAGAAAUGAAAAAAAGUUCAUGGCCACAGGGUGGGAUCCCCUGACACUGUUACGCAAUUCAACAGAAUUUUCAUGUACUGACUUUUCUUUUUUAUGACAUAGCAUAACAACUUAAUUGAAUUUCUUGCAGCUGUCCUUAUGCAGCUCAAUUCAGGUCUGUUGGGUUUCUUUGGCUAUAGUGUUACUUCCAGAUUUUCUUCUAUACUUCUUUCUAUCUGCUCUAGGUGUGUGUGAAUGAAAGUGUUCUUAGUGUCUGGAGGAAUGUUUUGAUAGAAUAGCCACCUUGCAGACAAGAGCUCUUAUUUUUUUAGAAAAGAAAUUACAUAAAUUAAUUGGCAUCAACUUUUUGUUAUUGUAUUGCCUUGUAAUAGUUGUAUAUGAACCCUGUAAAAUGUCACAGAUAUUAAUUGUGAAUCAUAUUUGAGAAUUCCUUCUUGUCUAUAUCUAGGUAUUUCAUAGAAUCAAGACAUUUUAAGGCUGAAAGAUGCUAUAGAAAUCAUCCAGUCCAAAUCCCUCAUUUACAAAUUGAUUUUAAUAAAAUAAGACCC